GAACCUCUAGGCGAACCCCAAAAAGUUCCUUCAAUAAAUCAUUCGUCGCAUUCCCCGCCAAAUAAUUUCCAAAACAAAAGAUGGAUUACGAAUGAGCGAAAUAUUUUUAGCCAAAAUCCUAGCCCAUAAAGGAUGAGGGAACCCAUUUCAUUUAUAGACCUUAUCCAUACGCAAAACAGCAAAAACAGUGAAGUACUGAGCUGCGCCCUAUGGCAAUGGCUGCAUCUAUCAUUCCCUUGGGAGCAGGUCUGGUUUAUGAAAUGAAAUUUAAACGGCUUAGAAAAACAACAUUACAAAAAACAAGGCAGUAUCUGGUGGGGCUGUGCUUAGAUUCUGAGCCUCGGUAUAAAAAGAUUAUUGCUCAAAGUUGUUAUGCAGAUGCCAAUGCUGGCAUUAUAGAUCGAAGAUAUGCAAUCCGAUUUAUUGGAUUAACAGCUGGACAUUUCUUUAAUCUUUCUCUGAUGCAUGAUGCUAGAGGAGCUGGUUUGCCUCCUGAGGAAAAAGCAAAGUUAUGUGAUGCUACAUGUGAGAAAGAACUUGAAAAUGCUCCAAUGGUGACAACUGAGUCUGGUUUACAAUACAAGGAUAUUAAGGAUGGGGUUGGACCAAGUCCACCGGUUGGAUUUCAGGUGGCAGCAAAUUAUGUAGCAAUGGUUCCAUCUGGACAAGUUUUUGACAGUUCUUUGGAAAAGGGUCAACCCUACAUCUUUCGAGUAGGUUCUGGGCAGGUAAUAAAGGGUCUUGAUGAAGGCAUUCUAUCCAUGAAAGUGGGUGGAAAACGUCGCUUAUACAUUCCUGGACCGCUUGCCUUCCCAAAAGGCCUCAGUUCUGCUGCAGGAAGGCCAAGGGUACCACCCAGCAGUCCUGUCAUUUUUGACGUGAGUCUGGAAUUUAUACCUGGUCUUGACGACGAAGAGGAGUGAUCGAGUGGAACAAGAAUCAUAACAAAGAUUAUUUAAUUCAAUGUUUCAUUCAUUAUUCUUUUUUAUGAAAUCAUACCAUUGAUUCAUGUAUUCAAUAUCUUUAUUUUUUGAUCUUGUAAAUCUGUGCCAUUUGAAAUUUAAUAGAUGUUAAAGAUUUUAAAUUAAUGAAAGGGUUUCAAGACAUUAACUUCCAA